CUCGCUACUUCUCAGCCACAGCGCGGUGCCGCGCCACCGGGAUGAAAAGAAAUCCACAACGCUGGUUGAUCAAGAAAUUUGAUUCCGACAAGCAAUACCCCAAACACCAAGAUGUCGAAACUAGAGAAUCGCGCCGACUGGGCAGACGACGAGGAGUUCGACGACCCCUCUGCGCUCCCCCCGCAGCAAAUAACGACAAACAAGGACGGCACCAAAACCAUCGUCUCGUACCGCUUCAACGACGACGGCAAAAAGGUCAAAGUGACACGCCGAAUCCGCACGACGGUGGUCAAAGAACACGUCAACCCGCAGGUCGCCGAGCGCAGAGCAUGGUCGAAAUUCGGCCUUGAGACGGGCCACGCCCCCGGCCCUUCCUUCGACACCACCUCUGUUGGCGAAAACAUCAUUUUCAGACCUAGCGUCAACUGGAAGGUGCAUGCCAAAGAGGCUGAGAAGGAGGGCGAAAAGGGCGGGCUUAAGGAUCAGCUGAGGGAUAAGAAGGUCAAGUGUCGUAUUUGUCAGGGCGAGCAUUUCACGGCGCGUUGUCCGUUCAAGGAUACUAUGGCGCCGGUUGAUGAGCCUUCUGCCGGUGGGAUGGACGGUGAUGAGGAGCCUUCGGCUGGUGGGUUGAGUAUGGCCGGUGGAAGUUAUGUGCCUCCUCAUCUGCGCAAGGGUACGGCUGCUGCGGCAGCAGCGGCGGCAGGUGGUGGUGGCGGGAGCAAGUACGAGAGGGAUGAUUUGGCGACACUCCGAGUUACAAACGUCUCCGAGCUGGCCGAGGAGCAGGAACUCCGCGAUCUAUUCGAACGAUUUGGCCGCGUCACGAGAGUCUUUCUUGCGCGUGACAGAGAAACACAGCGAGCCAAGGGGUUUGCUUUUAUCAGUUUUGCCGACCGCACUGAUGCUGCCCGCGCGUGUGAGAAGGUGGAUGGAUUUGGUUAUCGCCAUCUUAUUCUUCGUGUCGAAUUUGCCAAGAGGGCGACUUGAGUCUUCUCUUCUCUUCAUUCUCACGAUUCUUUCUUUUACGUUUACGUUUAUGUACUUGCAUUGUCUGGCUAAACUCGGCUGUUCUGUUACCUCGGAAUUACAUAUGUCACUACAUAUGUCAUUACAUAUGUUGGCGGGCGAGGAUAUUGUAUUGUCCUAUUCUACUAGAUAAUGACUAUAUUGAUCACUCCCCCUCCUCCCAUUGGAACGAUAUACAUAGACUGGCAGCAAUGUUUGACACUGGACUCCCCCUUCCAUCGGCGAUAUACAUGGACUGGCAGCAAUGUUUGACAAUAGACUUCCCCUCCCAUCGGCGAUAUACAUAGACUAGCAUCAUGUUUGAUAGUAGAAGUUGGCAUGGUAGCAAUCUCAGUACAGUCAUGUGCUGUCCUCUGUCGAGGGGUACAUUUUACA